AUGGUCUUUGGGCACAGAAAUUGUGCAGUAUUUGGGUGCCAUAACAGUGGGAAAAAGCUUGAGAAAUGGGCUUCACAGCAAUGCGAAGUUCACGAUUGUUUACACGGCACUCCGCCAUGUGACUGUCCGCUGCCGUUCAAGCUAUUUCCGUUCCCUACUGAACGCAAAAACAAUGAGGGUAGAAAGCGCUGGAUCCAUCUUCUAAAGAGAAAAGGCCCGAAAGGAGAAGUCUGGCAACCUAAUAAUUCGUCGAGAGUCUGCAAUGAGCACUUUGUUGAUGGGAAACCCACGAAAGAAAACCCUGAUCCUGUACUCAAAAUGGGCUACGAGACAAAGUCUACUCGUAACCGUAAACCGCCUACUGAUAGAUCAUCAUUACUAGAAGAAAUGAAACGUUUAAGAACUCAAGAUAAUACUCAAGAUAACACACAAGAUAAUAUUCAAGAUGAUACUCAAGAUAAUGCACAUGAUAGUCAAGAUGCUCCUGUGAUUCAAGAACCAAGUAGUUCCUCGUUUAUAACAGAAGAAGAACAUUGUACUACUGCCGGUCGACCCGACCAUAUCACUCACGAUCAUGCAUAUUCGUUUGGCUGGUACAACCUAGAAGAUCCUGACUUCUGUAUGAAAGAAAAAUGCUUGCAGGAAAGACUCAAGCAGUUCAAUGAGAUCAAAGAUCUCAAAGAAAAACUCCAAGAACUUGAAAGUGAACUCAAAGCAUGUAAGAUAAAACUCAAGGCCAGACAGCGUAAGGGACUAGAACAUUCUGAUUUGAAAACAAAUUCAUCUGUUCGUCUACUAACCGGCCUACCAUCAAAACGAGUAUUCAAUAAGUUGUUUGAAGUAGUGAAGGGAAACAUUAAAAAGUAA